GACAGCAGAGCAUCAAAAGGAGGUCUUCUCGGAACAGAUAGUAUGUCACGUUUCCUUACACUGUCUGAUCGCCGACAGAGACAAAGAUCUGUUGUAAUAUUCUCUUCCGAAUACAGAAUGAAUGGGUCUGUUUGUCCUCGUGUUAGCUUUGACUUCUCUGGAAGAUUUCUGCCUCCUGUUUACAUCUUAGUCUUCAUCGUUGGUCUGCUAGCUAAUGGAUGGGGAUUGAAAUCUUUGCCACAGAAAUGGAAGAAACUGGGAAACAUCAAUGUUUUUGUUCUGAACCUCGGACUUGCUGAUGUUUUGUACCUGCUCACAGUGCCAUUUCUGAUGGUGUACCACUUUAUGGGCAGUAAGUGGAUCUUUGGACAUGUGUUCUGCAAGAUAACGAGAUUCUGCUUCAACCUGAAUUUGUAUAGCAGCAUUGGGUUCCUCACUUGUAUAAGUGUGUACAGGUACCUGGCUAUUGUCCAUCCGAUGAGAGUAAUGGGAAGAAUAACUGUCCUCCACUCUGUGGGGAUCUCAGUCUUGGUUUGGCUGAUGGUGAGCAUUCAAAUUCUUCCAGACAUGUUCUUCAGCAAAACAUUUGGAAACAAAACUGUCAAAUGUUAUGAAACCACCAGUAAGAUCUACGUGGAGGAUUACCUGAAGUACAGCCUUGGAUGGACUCUCACUGGGUUUUGUAUCCCAUUGCUGAUCACUCUGGGCUGCUAUGGACAUGUGAUUGUUGUGCUCUGUCGCACAAACACCACUGACAAGGUACUGAAACAGAGAAGUUUAAAGCUGUUGUUAAUCUUGAUUCUUCUUUUCUCCGUUUGUUACAUCCCCUAUCAUGUUUUGAAGAACCUCAACCUCUGGUCUAGAGUUUUGUUAAAACAGAGAAAUUGCCGUAACUGGUUUGAUGGAGUCUAUAUUGCUCAUCAGAUAAGUCGUGGCCUUGUGUGUCUGAACAGUGCUCUCAACCCCCUGGUUUACCUCCAUGGAGAUGAGAAUAUUCCUGCUCAACUCAGACGGCUGCUCAUGUGCGCUCGUGAGACGUUCAGUCGUUUGAGUCUCUCAAACUUCUGCUCUGUGCCUGUAGCUCAAACUGCAGAUGAGGUUGAACAGGGAUCAGUAUCUUUACAUUGACAAAUUGCAUAAUAAACAAUAAAUAAACAAUCUAAUAAAAUAAGUUGUAAGUAGGUCAAAAAUUAAGGUAAUAAAAGUAUUUUAAUGAAACUAUUUAGCGUCAAAAAAGAAAAUGCUAUAGACAAUUAUUAACACCAAAUUUAAAUCAAUUUCCCUCGGGAUAAAUAAAGCUUCUUGAAUCUGAAUCUAAAUGUAAAACAAUGAAAAAUAUAUGGCUAACUUUAGUGAAUAGUAUUUUAAAGUGGAGGGCCGUGCAGACUGUGAAUGAUGUUGCCUGCUAAAUUCUCUGACAUUUGUUUUGUUUUUGUAAAAUAUGAUGCCGUUUCAACAAAAGACAAACGUGCUGAAC